GGUUGAGCAAUGUUUUCGUGUGUAUCGGCCAUUUUGGUCUUGCUGUGAUCGAGGGUAGGAAUGGUAGGAAUGGCCACGUUUCGACAGGCAACGGAAAACGACGAUGCCUGGGCCCUUCUGGCUCUUAAAUCUGCCCCAGCGAGUCCUACAAGGGUUCCUUGGAAUGAUGGCGGUCAAAAAGGUGUUAUUCUCGCCCGGUUAGAAGGCAGAGAAUUCGAGUAUUUGAUCCGCAAGAACAGAAUUACAGUCGGCCGCAACAGCAAACAAGGGGAGGUGGAUGUAAACAUGGGACAUUCGAGUUUCAUUUCACGUAAACAUCUUGAAAUAAUUUGCGAGAGCCCGAACUUUUUCUUAAAUUGCACGGGAAAGAAUGGUAUAUUUGUAGAUGGCAUAUUCCAAAGAAGAGGUGCAGCUCCGUUGCAACUGCCCAGGACAUGUAUCUUGAGGUUUCCCAGCACAAGUAUCAAGAUCAUGUUCCAGGCGUUGAUCAGCGAGUCGGCACCCCCUGCUCCGGUCCCGCCCAUGCAGCUGCAGCCAGCUGCACCGGUCGUGGCCAAGGAACCUAGUCCUGUCAAACGGAAGACCAUGAUGCCUCCGUUGAAGAUCGACAUCCCGCCUUCCGAUGCGACCUAUGCCAGUCCGUACCCGUCUCCCACUGGGACCAUUAGUGCUGUCAACUCGUGUCCUACAAGCCCCCGAGCCGGAACCAGUCAGAGAUCCAUGCUUGCUCCGGACCUCUCCGCAGCAGCGUUUGCUGCGGCUGCGGCAGCUGCUGCUGACGACAAGGAAGGCCACUCGUCCAGUAACGAUGUCGGGGGUCCCCGGGACGAGACCAAGCCGCCCUACUCUUACGCUCAGCUCAUUGUCCAGGCUAUCAUGUCGGCGCAGGAUAAACAGUUGACAUUGAGUGGAAUUUACAGCUAUAUUACAAAGACAUAUCCGUACUAUAGAACAGCAGACAAAGGAUGGCAGAAUUCAAUUCGACACAACCUGUCCUUAAAUCGGUACUUCAUCAAGGUUCCACGAUCACAGGAAGAGCCAGGUAAAGGGUCAUUCUGGCGGCUUGACCCCGGGUCAGAGGCUAAACUAAUGGAUCAAGCUUACAGAAGAAGACGCCAAAGGGGAGUGCCGUGCUUCAGGACACCCUUUAGCGGGGUCUCAUCAAGCCGCUCCGCGCCAUCAUCACCCACACACGUCCCCCAGUUCAGCGGGACGUUCACCCCUGAAUGCCUCUCAAGAGAAGGUUCCCCUGCGCCGCAGAACAUGAACAAUGCUGGCGGGGGUGGUGAGGGUCAGGACCAUGGGCCCCUGGAUCAUCAGAGGUUUACGCAAGCCAUGCAGGAGGUGAAGGUGAGUCUAGUGAGCCCCGGCUCGCCCAUCACUACUACAACAGGUGCUCAGGCUGCCAGCCAUGCUGCCCACAUGGCAGCCCUCCCUGGGGGCGGGGGUGUCAUACCUCUAUCUUCCCUCGCCCUAGCAGGGAACCCCCCUCCUCAGGGCCAGGGGGUACCCGUCGUUGCCAUCCACCCUCAGAUGGCAUCUGUGAUCACGUCGUCGCGGACGCAAGCAGCUGUACAGGCGUCACUGAGCAACGGCCAUGUUACAUCCUCUGCAGGAGGAUUUAGCCACCAGGCAAAGGACAUCUCAAGUGCUGGAGGAGGAGGAGGAGGUAGUGCGGAAAAGAAUGGCAUAGACAUGAAAGUGGAAGAGAAGCCAUCAGUUGGUGUACCCCCUGCAACCAUCAUGUUGACGCAGUCCCAUCUGAAGGCGGCCAAUUCUUCGUCCACAAUGGUACCUCAGCCGGCGGCAUCCUCUGACAGUCAUCACGUUGUCACCGUCGCAGGUACCUUCCUCCCUCCUGCCAGCCACUACCGACCCCCUCCUCAACUCCCUAUGGCCGGCGGUUACCAUCACAACAUGGAGAUGGCUCCCCCUCAGAGCUCCAGCCAGGCCGCAACCUCCUCGCCCCUCGUCAUGCUGGCCACCACGUCGGCCGUUCAGCAGCUGCAAGGCCACGUGAAGCGCCCUCUAGACGGCAUCAAGGAAGAGACGGAUGGACAGGAUGGUUUUGAAAGUAAAAGGAUUAAGACUGAUCCGCUGGAGGGCUGAGGGGAUACAGCAUUGACGACCAGCACGGACAGACAUAGGGUUAAUCAGCAUGGGAAGAGUUUAACAUCAUUGAGAGAGUAAUUAAAAGGUUGUACAGGGCUUGAUUGAAUGGAGUAAGUGUUUGUGAGUAGGAAUUGUUGUAGGGUUCUGGAGAUAGAGUUGAUGCAUUCAAGAGAAUGACUUUGUAAUUAGUUUGCUUUCCUAUGGAAUUGCAAAACAUAUACUCUGGCUUUACCACCAAAUUAACAAAUAUUCAUAUGUGUAUGUAUAGUCCAUUCAAAAAGGAACAGCUCGAAUUAUGUUAAGUGGAUGUCUGGACUUGUACAAAUAUUGGUUUUAGAGAUGUUUUUGUUAUGUGUACUUCAGAUAGCAAACAAAUCAAUUUACUAGCAAUGUUUUUUUUUGUCUCAUGUUUCUUUCACAAAUUUGUGUGGUCAUUUUAGGAAAAUUGAAACAUAUAAAUUAUGGUAUAGAUAUUCUUGGCAUUCAGUCUUCACUUUUUAUUAUUUUUUUAUUAAUUUUCUUUUUUUUUAGAGAGAUUUUGAGAGGUGUUUAACUACAUGAAAUUUUUUGAAAAUUCUGAAGUAGAGUUCAAUUUUUAUUAUUACAGCUCAGUGCUGUAUUCACAAAUUGAAGUAUUGUUGAUGUAUUUUUAUAAUGGAACUGCUACUUUUCAUCAUCACUGGUAAUGCACUAGUGAAAUAAUUAAACAUGUCGCUUUAUAUUCAUGACAUUUUAUCAAAGGAUGAUUGUAAAUUUGCUUCAAAGCGUAUUGCACUCUGUGAAUAUCAUUUGGUAUAUAAUCACACACACCACCAAGUUCCAUGUGAAAUUUCUUUUUAUGUGGCAUCAUGCCAUGGUGUGGGUAUGUCAUUGAUACAGCAAAAGUAUCUAAACAGAAUCCCACUUUAUCAUCUGGUAUUUUGAUGAUGAAGAUGAGAAUACCAGAUAUUAUUGUUGCAUCUUUUCUACAAAAAUGCUAAUUAAUCAUUGUCUGAUAAUUCGUAAGCAAACACGUAGGAAGAUGUCGAGGAAUGCUGAAAUAGGGAUGGGUGAUUAAUUUCUCAUUUGCCUUCUAGUAGUGGGUCUGUGGAAGAUUUUUGUUCUUUAUAGACAGCAAGCUUGAAAUUGAGCGCGAUAGCACCCACCAAGCUUUAUUUAAAAGCCUGCAUCAUGCAACGGCGGUUUUUUUCAAUUGUACAUUUGGAUUUACGAAAGAAAGAAAGAAAAAAGUUGAAUGGAAGCAGAAUGCAAUUGACCAAGUCAGGUUAUGGUGAUUAGAGUCAGUGAUGCUGCUUGUAUGCCUUAGACGCGAGAACCCAGUAUCAGAAAGUUCAUAGACGUAGCUUUUCUAUGAAUGAUAUUUUAUACCCCUUUUUGAAGAAUGUUUGCCUUGCAGGAACAGAUAUUAGACACUAUUGAACAGUUUAUGCAAUACUGUUGGCAGUUGGGCUUGUUCAAGUAUAAACACGAUUUGGAUUUUUCUCUAGGAUCACUCCAGUCGCAUGUGAUGCGAUAGACUCCUUUCUCAGAUUAUGAAUGUAUUUUAUGAUUAUGAAAUCAGUCAGUCAGUGGAUAUAGUCUACCUAGUUAUUUUGGGAGAAAUCAAGUAUGCACUGCUGAACAAAUUAUUUCUGUAUUUAUUGUGUAUGAAUAUGCGAAAUUGCUACAUGGCCUGUGCAUUUUUAUAGAGCUUUACUUAAAAAAUGAAAACAAUUAUUUGAAUGCAAUGAUUGAAUAAUGUGAAGAAUGAAAAUACUUUUAUUGAUUUUUUCUUUUAUUAUUUUUUUAGAAAUCAUCAUCAUUGCAGUAAUAACCCAUUAGUGAAAUUGUAUUCUAGUUGACUAGUAUUAUCCUAGUAUUUGUUGAUUCCCAGUGCCGCAUUUACAGUUUGUGUUUUCGCCAAACAAUGUGAGAAGAAAAAAAUGUUAUUCAUAUGUGUAUCUUAAUCACUUGAUCAAUCAUGUUGGCCAAGAUGUGGUUGAUGAAUUGCAAUUUCUUCUUGAUGGAUAGUCUGAAUGUAGGUCUAGUAAAAGUUCCCCUUUCUGCCGUGAAUUCCACAGUAAGUUGUCCUUGGAGAGAGAGAUAGAGAGUGAGUGUGUAGGAGAAAAACAGUUAUGUAACAGUAUUGGAUUUGUAAUCAUGGUUGAUGCACCCGUGUCCAGGGUCCCUAGAUGAACAUUGGUUCUUGUAAGUCUUCUAUAUGCCUUGAUACCACAUCCAAGUCUAAUAUUGAUGGUUGAUUUUAUAUAGCAGCACCAUUUUGAUCUUGUCAUAACACUUGGUCUUUAAACAACCAGUCAGUGAAAAUAUGGAUGAUGGUUCGGAGCAAAGUUGUUUCAGCAAUUAUGAAAAAAGAAGAAGAAAUAGCUCCCUUGUAGUUUUACAAAAUGGGUAAAAUUACCAAAUUAAGAUACCGGUAAGCAAGUCUUGUUUGGCCUAAUAUUUGCUCUCAUAUAUAUUUAUUUUCUCCUUCCAGUCUGUUUUUUGUCCUUCAUUUUUAAUAUUAAGAACAUUGAUGUAAUUUACUCUCGGUAAAUAAAAUUAAAGUCUUCUUCGAUUCUCUACUGGGCCCUGUAUCAUAAAACAUGUUGACAAUGACAAGUUACAAUAAUUGUUAUAAGCUACUGAAAUCGUGUUAUUAGAAUGGCUGAGAGCAAAUUCAGCAUUUGUUAUUGAUCACACGUUUUAUGAAACGGGGGGGGGGGGGGGCUCUAAUCUGUUAGAUAAUUAGCCCAUAAUCUGUAAAAAAAAAAGUUGAACACGAUAAAUCACUCUCGAGAUAUGAGGUUGUUUAUAUUUGCAUGCCAAACUUGACGAAGGGAAGAGAGAGAGAUGGGGUUGGGAACGAUUCCCUUUUUCCGAUUUUAUAUGCUAAUUUGUGGAUUCUAUGUGAUAAGAAUUGUGAUCAAUAUGAACAUUUUUGAAUAAAAUCAAAUAUACUACUGACAAAGAAAAA